AAAGUCGAUUAAUCCCUGCAUUUAUGCAUUUAUUUUUUCGGAAGAAAGGAAAAUGAUAAAAUUAUUUGUUUUGCAUAUCGAGGGUGAAUUAUUAAUCGCUAGAAUUUAAUUCUAAAGUUUUAGCUGCAAUUGCACAUACCCCAACAAUGUCCCACCCUCCAGGAAACGCUAAUGCGAUAAAGAGAUCUUCAAAUGAAAGCCACGAUGAUGAAAGUAAGAAAUUAAGAUUGGAAAAGAGUGGGAGUAGCAGCAAUAUCCUAGCGACAAAUGUGUCUUCGCAGGUGGCGAAUGUAAUUAGCAUUGGAUCUAGUACGGACGCAACUACAAAAAAAUUCAAAGGCAGAAAAAUCAUAGCAGGUGAUACCACCACGUCCCAUCAGCAACAUUACCAAUUAAUUGUCGAAGACAGUGCAAGUGCUGGCGCCUUUAGCGAGGAAAGUUGCGGCGGCAUGGAAAACAACCCAAAAGCUUUCUCCACCCCAAGCGGAGUUGAUGAAAUGGUUCUGAUAAGAAAACAAGUGCCUGGCAAAAUCAGCGACAGCAAUGAUGUCACUAUGGACGAACGAAUUGUUCAUAUUGAUGGAGAUCCAGGUAGUACAGCUAACACCUCAUACAACAUGAGUGCACUAAGCACAAAACCAAUUGGGAAACGUUUACAGAUAGGUAUGACUGACGCCAAUAAAAAGGGGUUUGGAGAUGGAAUUGAUUUGAAGCUAAUUACCACAAGUGGUGACUCGCAAGGCUCGGGAAAAUUUUCAAUGAUGACCGCUGGAGAAAAAAAGCCGGAACAGCAAAUAUUGUUAGCUGCAUCUAGUGCAUCUAUAAAUCCUCAAAGCACAUUUACAUACAGUCGUGUUUGUUCAGUUGGUAAUAUGACAGGGACUAGUGGGGAAACCGUCAAUAUAAAGAGUCUUCAGGGGGGAACUGUCAAGAAUCAAUCAUUAGUAGUCUCUUCAAAGAAACUCUUACCUGAAGUUACCCAAACAACUGCCAAAGUGUCCAUAGGCAAUACAACGAUAUCGGUGCCGCUACUGAAACCCUUAAAUUCAUCCCAAAUAAUUCAUCAAUCAGGAGGCAACUCUUCGACCCAAGGUGGACAAACAGAUGGUACCAAAAGUGUUAUUCACACCAUCCAAACAAGCGCAAGCCAGUCGCCGCAAACACAGCUGAGUAAAAUACUCAAUAUAAAGAGGGGCCAGAAGGUAAACCAGCCUACAUAUGUCUCAUUGUCCCAGCUCCAAAUAAAACCGGUGUCAUCUGCGAAAAUUGUUCAAGCUAAGGUAGUCAGUAAGAAAAUUCCAUUGCAAUUUCAAACAGUACAAGCAAACAAAUCUACUUUGCUGCAACAAUCAUCGGGAGUCGUAACUAUCACCUCUACAAAGCCGGAGUUGCAACAAAGCACCGCGCAGCAUAUCCAGGGCCACGGGCCGUCACCUCAGAAAAAGCAACAACUUAGUUUCGUGAAAGAUUUGCCCGCAGGGGCGAUUAUCAAAACAUCGUCAAAUUCGAAUGUUGAUGAAAUAAUUGCCGCUUCACAAGCUCCGCCAACAUCUUCCACAUCCUCCUCUGACCAAUCCGUUCUUAUAACAGAUAAGAACCAAGUUCUUAAGAGUAUUCCUGGAGGUGGCGGUGCCGAAACAUCGGGACCAUCCAUUCUACCAACUGAAUUUUUACCGGCUAGUGUUAAAGUGGUUCACACUUCCACAGCUGGCAAUAUAUCGGCAAGCAGUAUAAGACACUCGCUACCAGCGAACAACGAGAGUGUGGAACAAAAUCAAACGCCAACAACACAAAGAAUCAACAUCUGCCCAACAAUUAGUAUCGUAAGGCAGAAUUCUCCUCAGUUGGUGACUACUUCCAGUAACAUGUCCACGGUGUCUUUAAGUAUGGCCGACACCGUAAGCGGCCAACAGAAAUUAAUAUUAACCAAGUCACAAUUUGCAAACGUCAACUCCUCGAACAUCACCACUUCGUCGAGUGGAGGUGUAGCAACAAAUUUUCCUCGAAACAUUUCUUUAAUGCUGGCUAAAACAUCGGCAGGUCAGCAGGUUUUUACUAAUGCCGGAUCUAAAACUACGUUGUGUGUGACUACGUCCACAUAUAACAACCAGAGUAGAUCAAAUGCUCCCGCUCGAAUGAAUGUGAGUCUAAAUCAAAACCUACCAACCAGUAGUUCAACAUCGUUGAGUGUUGCGGCAUCAUCAACCAGUUCGCACAACGAGGUCGAUGUUGUUACUGCAUCUGAUGUCACUGGAAAUUUGCAAGAUUCGGCAAAUGCUACGCACCAACAACAGCCUCUUACACAUCUGGGACAAACGAGCAUUGUACAAAACCGUAAAAUUAUCCAAGUUUUGCCUAGUGGGCUUUAUAGCAGCAGCGGAGGCAGCUUUGUCCAAAUUUCCAAAACAAAAGUUGACACCGAAGAUGACAAAAAGAUGGUCGAAUUGGAUGUGCCCAUCUCUCAGCAAAGCAUACAUCAACAAAUACAACAGCAGCCACAGCAGCAAAUGAGUGUUCAGCACCAGCAAGGGCCAUCAGCACAACAGGCCGCAGCACAGCAGCAUCAAAUCCAUUUGCAAAUUCAACAGCAGUCGCAACAGCCACAACAACAACAGCAGCAGCAGCACUCUCAACAGCAAAUACAAAUACAGCAGUCGCAUCAAAUUCAACAACAGCACACCCAACAGCAGAGGAAUCAGCUUUUGCAGCAACAAAGACAACUCAUUCUACACAAACAACAAAUACAACAACAAUUGCAAAAGCAGCAACUAAUUUUGCAACAACAGCAGCAGCAGCAGCAACAACACAUACCGCAGAGUACGGAUUUGGCUGUCUCAGAAUCUAUUUCAAAUGCGACGCAAACAUCAACAUCGUCGUCGGUGUCAUCGACGGCGGAGCAGCUGGCUCAACAACAUUAUCAUGUCUCGGCAGCACAUUCAACAAAAACUGAAGAAAGCAACAACGUGCUUCUUAAACAGUUGCUGCAAAACUCCAACAGUGCCCCACUUAACAAUCAAACUUCACGUUCUGGGCCAGUUGGUACUGCCACUACUGUUCUGCCAGGACGAAAAGUCAUUAAUGUCAGAGCUCCCAGCUUGGGACUGGUUAGCUCUUUGGAAGCACAAUUAGCCCGACCUGUUAUACCACCUGUUCCGGCUAGUGAGUCGAGUACUCAUGCAUCAUCAACACCGCCCACAAGCGCAUCGGGAGGAGCCCUAUCCCAAAAUUCAAAAUUGACCAUUGACAAUUCAAAAGCGGCGUCAUUAAAUUUGGGAAGUUCAUGUUCCGCCCCAUCGUCACCACACACAACUACAUCUGCGUCUACCACAGCUUCUUCCCAUGUCUCUUCUUCGAAAGCUUUAGUUCAAAAUUCAGACAAAACCAAAUUUGCAUCAUCACCGUUAAUCUCAAAGGAAACGUCUUUUGUGUCCAAGCCGCCACCGUUAGCAGAGCCAAAUGAACAGAGUAAUGACAUAUUGCCCAUGCAAUCAUCAUCGGGAGAUCCCAGCAACACUAAGGGCACAGAGCAAACACAUCAACAGUUUGAACACUUAACAUCGCCGACAACUGGACAACAAAUGCUAAGUCAGUCUUCUUUAAAAGCAUUUACUCAAAAUUCAUCGCAGGUGACACUAACGACCAAGGUUACAAAAUAUAUCCAAGAUCCAAAAAAAGCUAGCGAUCAUCAUCAGCAUUUGCAACACCAGCAACAGCACCUGCAGCAGAACACUUCGCAGUUGCAACAGCAGCCACAUCCCGCAGCUAGAACAUACACAAAUACUGCGAACAAAGAAAAAAACAUUGUAAAUAUCACCACUCAUGCCUCCUCCCAUUCUACAUCCACUAUGAACGUGGUCACCCCAAAUGCAAGUCAACAGCAACAGCAGCAGUUAAUGACUGAAGUUCAACAACAACAACAACAACAACAACAGCAACAACAACAACAACAUAAUAAAUUGUUUCAUGCAACGACAGAUUCCAAUGUGGGCGAUAGUAUUGGCCAAACACAAACCAAAGCAAGAGAACCGACAACUACUCAAUUAGCCACUACUAAUCAAAAUAUACCACGACAGGACGCUGUAAAGCCGACGGCAUUGCAAGCUGUGAAAAUGGAAAUCGAUGAGCCGAAUUCUAUGCAACCUUACCAGGUCCAUCAACAGCAACAACAGCAGUUACAAAUACAACAACAUCAGCAGCAUCAGCAACAACAACAACAUCAGCAGCAACAACAACAGCAACAACAACAACAUCGCCAACAAAAUACUACACCCAGCCCCAUGUCGUCGACUGCAACACCGACAAAUUCAACUUCCGUACCAUCAACGCCAACUGCGGAAUGUCAGCCACCGAUAAAUAUAAUAAAUAAACAACAAAUUUUGCUGCAACAGCAGGCGCAAGCACAAGCACAGUCCAAAACUCAAAGUCCAUCGUCGGUAACAUCGGGUCCAAGUCCGGCCCCAAAAGAAGGUGAUAAUCGCAAAAAACGGAAACGUGAACAACACAAGCAACGUAAAACCGUAACCGUUAACACCAAAGAAUCGCCUGCCAACAGCUCUACAACGCCAAAUUGUUCAUCAAGUGCUGCGAGCGCCGCAAACAACAAGAAGCGUUCCCGUAAAUCACUGAAGCUGGAGGAGGAUUAUGAUUCGUUCAUAGAAAAUAUGAUGUUGCAUUUACGCCAAAUGCCCCCAAUGCAGGUGUUGGAGCCUCAAUUGAAUGUCAAUUAUGGUGUAUGCAAUUUGUAUGGCUGGCGUAACUGCACCAGUUCGAGCAAUUCCCCCCUCAAGGAAAGUCGCCAAAGUGAACGGGGAAAUCUUUUUGAGCAGGAACUGGAGGGAGAAUAUGGCGCAGGUUACAUUCGCAAUAAAGUGCCUUUUUAUGAUUUGAAAAAGUUUCAUGGUCACAAAUCAACCGAUGAUCCAAAUUCAUCGUCUUCCAUUCAGAAUAACUACUACGACCAGGAAUUUACCUCAUUUACAUACAAAUCGGAACCCGAAAAGCUCAACAACUGGGUCAAGGUAUAUCGCGAGCGAUCUGUGGAUUCGACGGAGAUAGUUACCAACAAGUUGCUAAUGCCUGUGGACCCUGUUAAAACGAUGCAUUUGAAUAUGGUACAACAGGAAACAUUUCCAGGGUUAAUUCUUAUGAGCAGCACCCAACAGAGGUUGGGUCGAAUGUCGCCUGUAAUACCUUUGGUAAACUCAAUGGCUUUAAUAACCAAACGUAAAAAGACUCCAUUAAAACCGUUAGAAAACGACGCCGACAAUGGACUGUACAUCAAGGAAAUUCCCGAAGAUAUGGACUAUAAAGGAAGUUUAAAAACUAGUCCCAAUAGUCAAAAUGUAAUUAUCUCGUUGCCAAGUUCAUCAGCUGAACGGCUGUUGGACGUCCUGAAGAACUUGGCAAAUCUGUUGCAAAUUACGACACCUAUACCAUACAAGGUGGUCGAUGAAGCCGACUCGGAGUUUGAAGAGAAGCCCCCUGUCCUAUCUUCAAGUGAUCGCGACAUGGCGAUAAGAAAUCUGUCCAUACAAGACAUUCUGAACGGUCGGUCGCAGAUGUGCCGCUCUUGUGGCAAAGCCAUCAAGGGGCGCUGUUUGAAAAACAAUAAUAACAACACCAAGAGUGCAAUACAAGUAAAACUACUGCAUCCGCCACAGCCGCGGUACUUUUGCAACAAAAUUUGUUUUAUUCAAUUCCGCUUGAGCAGCCAAAAGAAGCAGCUGAGCGCUUCGACCAUACAAUCAGUAUUAGCAUCCCAAGAAGGAACAACGUUCGAGAGCGACUUUAUGGACGAUUUUUUGGACAUCAAACCAGAUGUUUCCAAUUUGCUGGAAGAGAAGAAGGAGAAAGAGCUGGAGGAGGUGAAGGUGUCCACAGAACCCGAGCUAAAACCGAAAAAAAAUUCUUUCCGAUACUACAAUGCAAAGUGCUUUCAAUCGCCAGCGACAGCCAAACGAAUGUCGGAAAAAGAAAUCCGGGACAUGCUAUUUAAAAUGGACAUUACAAUGACGGUGACCUCUGCAUUAAGUACCUCCAACGAGCUUCCCCAGCAGUCCAUUGAGGAUCGUCGAAGUUGUGUGUUGUGCUCUCAACUCGGGGAUGGGGUCAGUGAUGGUCCCUCACGCCUCUUAAAUUAUGAUGUUGACAAAUGGGUGCAUCUGAAUUGUGCUCUCUGGUCCACAGAGGUGUACGAGACCAUAAGUGGUGGCUUAAUGAAUUUCCAUAUGGCCCUGCAAAUCGGUCUCAAUCAGUCGUGCAACACUUGCCAGCAACUGGGAGCGACAGUGAAGUGCUAUAAAACACGGUGUGGCGCUGUGUUCCAUUUGCCCUGUGCUAUACGGGACCAGUGCGUUUUCUACCAAAACAAAACGAUUCACUGCCAAGCACAUGCAUCACGCAACGAUAAAGAUAAGGAGCUGCUCUCGUUAUCCGUGCCGCGUAGAGUGUUUGUCGAGCGGGAUGAAAAUCGGCAAGUGGCUGCUAUCAUGCAUCACUCGGAGAUGGUAAACCUGCUGCGUGUGGGCAGUUUGAUUUUCCUUAACGUGGGGCAACUACUGCCGCACCAAUUAGAGGCCUUUCACACAUCGAAUUGCAUCUACCCUAUCGGCUACAAAAUUAUUCGUUUCUAUUGGUCAAUGCGUCGACCAAAUAAACGAUGUCGCUAUGUGUGCUCUAUAGCAGAGGUUUCGGGACGACCUGAGUUUCGCAUCGUGGUGCAGGAACCUGCCGAGGCCGACCUGGAAUUGCGCGAUGUUUCGCCAAAAGCGGUGUGGCAGCAUGUUCUUCAAUCUAUUUCAGAAAUACGUAGAUCUCAUAACUUGGUGAAGCUCCAUUCCGAAUUCAUAAGUGGUGAAGAUUUGUUUGGUCUGACAGAGCCCUCCAUAGUGCGCAUAAUUGAGAGCCUCCCUGGCGUUGAAACGUUGACAAACUACCGCUUCAAAUAUGGUCGCAAUCCUCUGUUAGAUUUGCCAUUAGCUUUGAAUCCUUCAGGAGCAGCUCGUACUGAGCCAAAGUUGAGACAGCUGAUGGGAUGGAAGAGGCAUCAUCCCCAGAGAACUUGCAGUUCGGUCAGUUCUUUGGGUAGCCAAGGACAUCAGGCUGCGCUGCCAUCUGUUGCCGCCGCCGGUGAGGUCACCUGUCCGUACAGCAAACAGUUUGUGCACUCCAAGAGCUCGCAAUACAAAAAAAUGAAGCAAGAAUGGCGAAACAAUGUAUACUUGGCAAGAUCGAAAAUAGCUGGUUUGGGUUUGUACGCUGCCCGAGAUAUGGAGAAACACACAAUGAUCAUUGAAUACAUCGGAGAGGUCAUCCGCACAGAAGUUUCUGAAAUACGAGAAAAACAAUAUGAAGCUAGAAACCGCGGGAUCUAUAUGUUCCGUUUGGAUGAAGAUCGCGUUGUCGACGCAACACUGUGUGGGGGCUUAGCUCGCUACAUAAACCAUUCAUGCAAUCCCAAUUGCGUCACCGAGAUUGUGGAAGUCGAUCGUGAGUUGCGCAUUAUAAUCUUUGCUAAGCGCCGGAUAAAUCGCAGCGAAGAGCUUUCGUACGAUUACAAAUUUGAUAUAGAAGAUGACGGUAGCAAAAUACCAUGCAUGUGCGGUGCUCCAAAUUGUCGAAAAUGGAUGAACUAAUCGAUGAACCCCCCCCCCCCAAACCCAGACCAAUUGAACAAAGCAAAACUAUGUAAUAAUAAGUAUAACCCAAUAUCCUAGGUAAUCUUUUCGUGCAUAAAUUCAAUCCAAUUAAACAUAUAGUAACUAAUUUUAUUACGAUGCACUACAUUAUGGAGAUAGAAAGGGAAGUCCCAGUCCCAUUUCAAUUUUAAUAAUACACAACUAGCAACUAACACCCCUCCCAGUCUCCCAGUCUCCCUGCCCCUUUUACCCCUUUAUAUAUACGUUUGUCGUGUACAAACGCAAUUUUGUACAUAGUUCAUAAUUGUUUAACCAUAACAGUAAUAAAUCAAUUACUUUUCU